AUGGAUAAAAAGGCAGAACUUUGGUCCUUCCAGAAAGAACCCUACAAAAACAAUGUUAAUAUUGGUGCGUCUACUAAGUACAACAUCCAAAUUGGCGAAGAUUGCUCCUGUGAUGGUGAUGAGGCUGAAAGCAGUUCUGAUGAUGAAAUCAAACACAGUAUUGUACCCAAGAAGCAACGUGGAGUACUCACUUGGGCCAAAAAUGACAAGAAGAAGAAGAAUGUGAAGGGAUUUUCUGGCAUGGGAAUGGGCAUGGGCAUGCCUAUGCCUCCUCAGCAUCGGCCACCUAUGCGGCCAUCUAUGGGCAUUCCGGCCCAUAGGAGCUUUCAUGGGAUGCCAAGGCCAGGAUAUCGGCCACCAAACCCAUAUUAUCAACCAAUGACGUAUCAUAGACCAUCACCACCACCAUAUAGUUACUACGGACAAAUUCAACCACCACCCUAUUCUUAUUUUCAGUCAAGAUCGCCACCGAAAGUUAACCCUAUCGUCCACUACACUAAUUAUGCGGACAACUAUCGGUACCCUAUGUAG